CAUAGAGAUUUGAACUAAUGGAUUGAAAGAUCCGGCCCAAUAAUAUUUGAUGUGCGAUUAGAACCUAAAGUCAUCUGCCUCCCCCGACUCUGCAAAUCACGAAUGCCAGCAAUCGAAACCCAGAACAAUUCAACAAAUAACUUUUGUUGUUUCUAUUUGCUCGCAUUCGUAAUUCGGUUUCCCCUCUGUUUUUGUAUUCCUUUCUCUGUUGCCGUUGUUGUUGGUAAAGAGAAACCCUAGCGUUGCAGGUUUAGCUUACAAGUAGCAACCUAACCCUAGCUGUGAUGCCCUUGUAAUUGCCACUAACAAGAGAUAAGGAGAGAUAUAAUAAACUCACCAGUGGUACCAGUGAAACCCUAGGAUAUCAUAUUGUCACUGCAUUUUGUCCUAAGCAACUGCAAGUAUAGAAGUGGUUAUGGUAGUGGUUAUUUUGUGCCUGUGAGCUCGGAAAGGAAACAAGGGAGGGUUAGUUUUCACAUAGCGAUACAGUAAUUUUAAUUAAAAUAAACAAAUGUGAAAAAGAAGGUUGAAAGAAGAGAAAGAUGAGUAGACUAUCGUUUAGGCCUCGGCCUCUAGACAUACACAAGAAGCUUCCAAUUGUAAAGUCAGUAAAAGAUUUUGAAGACGACGAGACUCCUACUUCUACCACCCGCAAUUCUCAGUUGCUGCGUGUUGUUACUGCCGAGGUUGACAAUGAGGUACAUCAAAUCCCCGGCAAGAAAGUGGCCCCUGAAAUUCCAACGCCCGAGUUUGUUAUUGUAGAUACAUAUGAAAGAGACUAUUCCCGGACUUUCACUCAACCCACUUCGUAUUUACGUGCAAGGGGAGGUUCGUCCCGGGCUGAGCUUGGAGAGUUUGUUGAGUAUGACCUGGACAAUGAAGAUGAGGAUUGGAUUCGAGAACUAAACAAAGAUAAGAAGAUUCUUUCACCCGAAAAGUUUGAGAGCAUUAUUUUUAAGCUGGAGGUUUUGGAUCAUAAGACACGGGAAAGAGCUGGAGUUAUAACACCAACUAUUGGUUCCCCAAUUCCUGUGCUCCUGCAACAUGAUGCUGCUAUUGAGGCUUUACAAUCUCUGUCUAUCAAAUAUGGAGUCUUCCAGGCUGUUUAUACCUACUGGAAAGAAAAGGUAUGGUAACAAAUACAAGAGUUAGAGCUGUUCUGGGAUUCUAAGGCAUUUUCCAUUCUUGAUUUAUGUCUAAUUUUCUUUUGUUGGAGGGU